GAAUGGCGCGAGAAGGUAGGGCCAGACUUCCCACUCAGCCUGGACUGCUACAUGGCUCUGACCGUGCCGUACGCCACACGUCUGGCCCGUGCCCUGGAGCCGCACGGGCUCAAGUGGAUGGAGGAGUUCCUUCCCCCUGACUGCUAUGACGGCUACAAGCAGGUCCGGGAGAACCUCAGGGGGUGUGACGUGUUGUUGACGACAGGGGAGCAUGAGUAUACCAGGUACGGCUUUCGCCAGCUCUUGGAGUCACGCUGCGUUGACAUCAUCCAACCGGAUAUCACGUGGUUGGGAGGCAUCACGGAAGCACGCCGCGUCGUUGCCAUGGCAGCGGCGACUGACACCAUUGUGAUACCGCACGGGUCAAGUGUGUACUCGUACCACCUUCAGUACGCCUUCUCCAACUGUCCUGUCGCCGAAUACAUCAACAUGAGUCAUAGCGCGGACCAGCUAGUGCCCUACUUCGGCGGCCUGUUCCCCGACGAGCCGCUCCCUAAGGGAGGGUUCAUUGACCUGCCGGACAGGCCCGGCUUCGGGGUGACCUUGAAGAAGGACAACUUGACCCGGCCGUACCCGCGCACAGACGAGGAGUCCAAGCGCCAAGCAGACGCCAACAUCAAGAGACCGAUGCCGCAGACCGCCAAGAUGCCUUUCUAAAUAUCUAAGCUUGCGUAGCUUAAGCUGACACAGUGACAAGACACUCUUUUUUUUUUUUUUUGGCGCCACUUUUAUAAAUUUCCUUUUCGAAAGUCUGAUCGUUUACCUUACUUGUGGUGAAAAAUCGAAGUGGAAUCCAAAACUGAAGAAGAUAGUUGUCGAUCUUGGGUGAAACUGACUAGUUUUUUAAAAAUAAAUUAGAAUUCAAAUUUCAGAAGAACGCCUUUUUUUAAAUGGUUAUGCUGGCCAAAAGCUUCUUUAUCUCACAAUUGCUGUUUUUAAAAAAGGCAUUUUGCCAGCCUAGUCUGUGACUGCAGUGAUUACAAUACAUUUGUUACUAGUUUUUUUGUAAGAGUUUUACGGUGCUUGCAAGACGCAACCAGGUUAAAUAAUAUGUGUCGAAGACUGGAGGCCUUUUCUAAACUGCUAGAGAGUAGCAAUCAAGAAAAGGAGAGGUUUGAUAAAGAUGAUAAUGUUCAAUAAGAAAGAAGAAGCAAUCUACACCAGAGCGCCCACCAACCACCAACAAGGUAGUCUUGAAUUUAUUGAAAUGACUUUUAUAGCUAGAUUCCGAUAUCCCCCGCUCAACCCCACAAAAAAGAGAAGAAUAUUCCGUUUAUUAUGUACUGUGGAUGGUCCUAUUUUUAAAAUUUACUUUACAUCUUUAUAUCAUGGAUUGCGAUUUCCUGGACUGGAAUAUUCAGUACAUGUGUACAUGCAUUCUUUGGUAACUUUCAUUUUAAAGAAAAAUGUGUGUUCUUUAGCACUUUUUUAGGGGGUGGGUGCUAUUUUCGUAUACCAAUACCACAAUACAGUCGAAGUUGUCUAAGACUGUCCCCGUUGUUUUAUGCAAGACAAAUUCUGAAAUUAUGCAAACUGUGCCUAAAAAUAUGAAAUUAUGCGAUUCU